AUGUCAGUUAACAAAACCCCAAAUAAUAGUUUUACUGAUCCCUGGUCAUAUUAUGUUGAAAACGAUACAGAAAAUUCGACAGUUCAUCCGUACUUUAAUGCCGUACAAGCAAGAUUUUGGACCUUCGAACAUUACGUUAAUUGGUUGUAUAAUAAUGUUGAGCUUCCUAUUUGGUCCACAUGCGUAUCUCAAUUUUACGGGUCUUUAAGUACCGUCAAUAAAAUCAAAAAUGCACCUCUUUGUGUUCGAGCGUAUGCGAAAAGUGUUAUGGAAACUAUGAAUGAAGAGGAGAAUCAGCAUAUAAUGGAGGAUCUUGAGGAUACAUAUCUAGCACUAUUGAAUGAUUGUUACCAUUUACUGGUACUAAUUGAAUGGAAAACUUACGCACAUAGCGAACAAAAAAAAAAUUCCCGUGAGCAGAAAAAGAGAAGAACAGACGAUAGUGACGAUGAGGAAGCUAUGGAAGGAUCUGUUCUCUUUGAUGAAUCGAAUGAGGACACUUUAAUUGAUUCCAUAGAUGAGUCUGGGUUGAGAGAAGAAGCAGUGUUGCCAAUUUCAGAAACGAUCCAUGAUAGCCUCUAUGGAUGCACGGAUUUCUCCCAAAACGAAAUCAGUAAAAUCGCGCAAGAUUUUGCCAAUCACGUUCAUUGGUCUCCACAACGAACUCCAGAUUAUCUUCAGCAAUAUUUUGAUUCUAAAUGUGAUCCCACCGAACUUAAAGAUAAUGCGAUGGUUGAUAAAAUACACACGAAUAUACAAUUUAUACUCUAUAACAUGUCUAAAAAAGGAGAUAAGACGGAAGAAGAACAUAAAUUCGUUACCAUAUAUCCUUUAUUCAAUGCUUUCAUGGACCUUUCGUUAAUAAAAGAUACUUGGGGAGAGACCCAGACACUUUGCUCGAAAGAUAUGAGGAAUGAGAAUGCAAAUCCUUUCGUCAAAGCUCGUAUGGGGCGAAAGGUUGAUAUAAAAGGCACACUGACGAGGACAUCCAAUAAAUUCGAAGCCUUGUACGGAGAGGUUGCAAAUGGGUUAAGUUCACUUGGAACAUCACUUGCGUCGCAAAAAAAGAAAUACUUAGACAAAGUCAAACUUGCAGUAUUAAUGCGAGACUCGUUAAAUAGUACUUUAAAAAAAUGGAAAUAUUUAAAUGAUGAGCAGAGAAAAAAGAUUAUUGUAUAUGGUUGGACACUUGUAGGAUUUGAUUUAUCUUUGUAUGCGAUGGAUUGGACUGAAAAUGGAAUAUAUCGCUUUGGAUUGAUAGAAAAUUGUCAUCUUCCAUCAAAUAAAGAUGAAUGUGCCUUAUUUGAAGGCGCCUUUUGCCUUUUGAAAGAAUUGGAGUUUGCAUUAAGUAUUUCAGAAAGCGAGAAGGGAAAUACUAUCUGUUAUGUUUGUGAUAAACAUUUCAUUUGCCCUUGUGAUAGUGAGGGAUGUACCAAACCAAAAGAACGCACAUGUGCCUUAGCCUCUUAUUCCAAUACAUAUCCCAUGUCUCGUUUAUUACCUACUAAUGAUGGGUGCUAUCUGGUACAUGCAUGCUCUGAUUCAUGUGCUCGGCAGAUUAAUAAACAAAGCAAUGCAUAUUAUAGAUCAAAAAAUAUUAAAAAAGCUAAUGAUCAUCAUUGCUGUUCAUAUGUUCCUGAUAGAGCUAUAAAUGCAUUUAAAGCCUAUAACAAAAAUCUAUGUCAUCGAGCAGAGAAAAAAGGAAAUAAUUUCGAAUCAAUGUUUUUUGAUAUGAUGAACAAUGCUAUAGAAGAGGCCUGUACAGAUCGUUUAAUAAAACAUCUUUCGGCUAAUAAGUAA